CGUGUCCAUCAUCGUCUCCACCACAGCGCCAUGGAGCAUGUUGUUAGGGUGGGUCACCGGGAUGCAGACGCGCUAUCAUAGAAUACAGUUUUUCGCAGUGGCCGUGUGCGGAAUUGGCGUUGCCUUGACAAUUCUAGCGGAUUACUGGAGAAUGCAGGCAGCAAAGCGACAACAAGAUGAAGCAGAACGGUUGGCACGACUACUAGCAGCGGCUAGAAGGACGAGUGUAAGUGGUCAUCAUCUGGAAGAACAUCAACAGUCGUCAUCUGGAAGUACUGACCCAAGUCCUGCUGGAACAGGUUCAGCUGGGGCAUCUGACCAGCAACAACCACCAGACAGUGUCUUCACGAUCGGCGACAUAGUUCUGGGCGAUUUCCUGGUGUUGCUAUCUGCAAUCCUUUACUCUGCGAGUAACAGGUUGCAAGAAUGGAUACUAUCGAAAAGCGAAGAGACCGAUGUUGAGCAUAUGAACAGAACUACAGAAAGGGAAGCAAGAGGUCGUAGAGGAGGACAAGCAGACUCUCGAGGUACAGAACUAGUGGAGCAGCCGUUGGCGCCAAGCCAAUCUCCAUCGUCCCCGGUUUUGAUGCAGCAGGAAACAUCAGCCUUGCCACCUUUCUCAUCCUUCUCGUCGGCAAAAAUAGACGAUCUGGAAGUCGUAGUUGUGACACCUGAAAAAGACCACAAACUCAAAAACCAAGAACAGCAACAGAUGAAGAAGGAUCUCGCUCAGUUGCAACUAUAUCGUACGCUUUUCAUUCUGGGAGCAAUCGGCGUCUUUUUUGGUGCCAUCCAGUUUUUCGCUGUUGGAGAGUUCCAUGUCUUCCGCCAAUUACUCCAAACCCCCAAAAAAGGCUUGCGCUGUCUACGAACGUGGCUGCUAGUCCUCGGCUACGAGUGCUCCAUGUUCGGUUUGUACACGACCUGCUCGUUCUUCUUGCAGCGCUGCAAUACGGUAGCGUUUAAUCUCUGCACGCUGACGUCUAACGUUUACAUUUUGCUGUAUCACCAAAUAUGCGGAGCGCGCGUCAACUCCCUGUUUUAUCUUGGGUUCUCCAUCACUGUUGGGGGCAUUAUCUUGUAUACACUAUUUGAAGGCGUGGAACAAGGUGUCAAGAUCAUAGGGGAAGGGGACGUCGAUGAUGAAGUCGGCAAGAAGGAAUCAUCUGAAGCUCUGCAAGAGCAAGAUUCCACCUAUGAACAAGAACGGAAGGAUGAUCAUGUUGAAAAAAGAGCAUACAACUACCUUCAGAAUGAUCGUGAUCUGGAGUUGGGCCCACCCGAUCAGGCUCAGGAGGAAAAGCUAGAUGCUGGUAGAUGAUCAUCUCCCAUAUUACGUUAUUGGUCAGCAUUACUAGUAGUCCCUCAACACCCACCUCGCACUCAAACUCACACACUCGUAGGCCGCGUGCUACGUUUAUUCCCCUCUCCCCACACGAUUUGUUUCUCCUUCGUGGUACUUCUAGAGAUUUUCAAGAAUCUGCCGGUCGAUCCCGACAACUCCAAUCAAGGACAAUUCAUCUUGUCCAAGCAUUUACGCAAUGCUGAG